AUGAUCUGCAGAGCCCCCUAUUCCUCCGGUCUACGAGGACUGAGAGAGCAUUCGCAGAAGACCAUCCAGUAUCUAGAUGCGCGAACUACGCAUGCAGCCUCGCGAGCUUCGUACAGCUCUCAAUCGAUCUCAUUAACCGGUCGUUCCGCAAGAGACUCCGAAAUCGAAUCUUCUGCUCUGCCAUUCAUCCGGAGUCCGAACCGGAAUCAGAACAACUUUCGCCAGCCAUCACAUACCCCUAGGCGAACAUUUCACCAAAGUCCUCCACAGCAUGGAUUAGCAAAGAGUCUCCUGCCGCGUGCCGGCACGACGGUCGAAACGUACGUCGCGUACGGCUUGACACAGAAACUUUUCGAAGUCUGCUCCGCGCAGGCGGAUUAUAAGAUCCCUCAAGUAUCGCAGAAGGGAGUAGAGGUUCCGAAGACAGCACAGGGUGAAGAUCUUGGUGUUGGGGACGGAUGGUGGUAUACAGAUCUCGGUCUCCUCCCGACAUUUUCGUCCUGGUCACAAGUCACCUUUCUUCACAUGUACCUCCUCACCGUGCGACUACGAGCAUUACCCUCUCCUCAGAGUCUGAACACCUAUUCGCGCCAUCUCAUUGAUCAUUUCUCGCACAACGCAGAGCAGCGCAUGGACGUUCUACACGGCAUAUAUAGCCGCGGUAUCCGCAACAAGUAUCUCAAGGAUCUAUUCAUCCAGUGGCGUGGUAUUCUCGCUGCGUACGAUGAGGGCCUCGCCAAGGGCGAUGCCGUCCUGGGUGCUGCGGUGUGGAGAAAUCUGUGGAAGGCAAGCCAUACUGAUGCUAAUGGGCAAGAUAUUGACUGGGCGAAAGUCGCUCGUGUAGUUGCGUAUAUGAGACGCGUCCUCACCGAAUUGGCUCAGGUGGACGAGGCUGAUCUUGUAUUGGUGCUGGGACGGGAGCAUGCCGGGAAGCCUCCAAUUUUCGGCUACAGUGAACUUGAUAAGAUGCUGGUGGAAGGGAAAAGAUCGCCUGCUGCCACAAAGGCGAACUAA